AGCUACUGACGAAAUAUGGCGGACGGACACAGGCGACAGAAGAAGCAUGAGAUUACUGUAUACAUGAACGGGGAACCAAACAAAAUCACCCAUACACAUUAUCGCGCGAGCUGCCUAUUCGUCAGUUCGGAGCUCGACAACGAAAUUAAAGACAGAAGAGUUGCGACAAUGGUUGAAUUAAAGUGGGAAGAGAAAUAUGAAUUGAUCACUAGAAAUUUAGCUGAGUGGCUCGGCGAUGAGAAACUUAAAGGCAUAUUGAAACAGCGGGAUUUGAAACUAUAUUGGGGCACAGCAACAACUGGGAAACCACACAUCGGCUAUUUCACCCCGAUGUCCAAGAUAGCAGAUUUCUUAAGAGCUGGCACAGAGGUUACCAUAUUGUUCGCUGAUCUCCAUGCCUAUUUGGAUAACAUGAAAGCACCAUGGGAACUGUUACAACUCCGGACGCAAUAUUAUGAAACUGUUAUCAAGGCAAUGCUGAAAUCUAUCGAUGUACCCUUGGAAAAGCUAAAAUUUGUUAAAGGAACAGAUUACCAGUUGUCUAAAGAAUACACGUUAGAUAUGUAUCGUUUAAGUUCUGUUGUAACUGAACACGACGCUAAGAAGGCAGGUGCUGAAGUCGUUAAGCAGGUUGCAAACCCUUUGCUCUCUGGCCUGAUGUAUCCAGGAUUGCAAGCUUUGGAUGAACAGUACCUUAAAGUUGAUGCUCAAUUUGGUGGAGUAGACCAGAGAAAGAUUUUCACUUUCUCAGAGAAAUACUUGCCCACGCUUGGAUAUGAGAAGCGUAUUCAUUUGAUGAACCCAAUGAUCCCUGGCUUGGCGGGAUCGAAAAUGUCUUCUUCAGAGGAAGACUCGAAAAUCGAUUUGUUGGAUAAUGCUGCAGCUGUUAAAAAGAAAUUGAAGAAGGCAUUCUGCGAGCCUGGUAACGUGAUCGACAACGGAAUUCUCUCGUUCGCCAAACACGUGAUAUAUCCUUUAUUCAAAGAAGGGGAAUCUUUCAAUGUACCAAGAACUGCCGAAUUCGGCGGAGAUAUAUCGUUUGACAAGUACGAAGAUUUGGAAAAUGCUUUUGCUAAAGAAGUGAUACAUCCUGGUGAUCUGAAGAGCGCGGUGGAGAUUUAUAUUAAUAGACUCUUGGAUCCAAUUAGGAAAGAAUUCGAAGUGGAUCCGAAAUUAAAGAGCCUGGCGAGCAAAGCAUACCCAGUACAAAAACCAAAAGUCGUCGAGGAAUUAACACCGGCCAGAUUAGAUAUCAGAGUUGGCCAAAUUGUUGAAGUAUCGAAACAUCCGGAUGCCGACUCUCUUUACAUAGAAAAGAUAGAUCUUGGAGAAGCAAACGGACCUCGUACGAUUGUUAGCGGACUUGUAAAUUACGUACCAUUAGAAGAAAUGAAGGACAGGAUGGUAGUUAUUCUUGCGAAUCUAAAACCGGCGACGUUAAGGGGAGUCCAAUCCCAUGGAAUGGUCUUAUGUGCCUCAGUGGAUGAACCUGUGAAACGAGUUGAGCCACUGAGACCGCCGGCAGGUAGCAAACCUGGCGACAAAGUCGCCGUCGAUGGCUACGAAGACGGUUCGCCGGACGAUGUACUUAAUCCCAAGAAGAAAGUAUGGGAAAAAUUACAAGUUGAUCUUGUGGUGAACGGCAGUGGCGAGGCUUCCUGGUGUGGGAAUCUUUUGCUUACUGCAGCCGGUGGCAAGCUGACGGCCGACAGUUUAAAGAACGUAUCCAUUAAAUAAGUAACACUUCGAGCAGAGAUAGGUAUUCAUGCAUUUUUAUUUUUUAUUCGGUAUAUAAAACUAUAUAGAAUUUUGAUUUCUGUGUACGAAAUGUAUAUGAAACUGCCGGUCACAUUCUCUUCGGUUGUAUCACGAUUUUAUAUUUUUUACAAUAUGAGUAACGCAACAUGAAAAUAGAUCUGCGAUUUAUGGGAGAAGCUCUUCGCCUUACCUUAUCCUUAAAGUUUAAGGAAUAUAAAAUAGUGUGACGAAUUAGUCACGUGGUCGAAAUAAACUCUUCGUAUUUAGCGUA